GGGUGCGGAGGAUUUGCCCGACUGCUGCAUCCUGAUCCUCAGGCUUCUGCCUGCAGCCUUCCGCCCGUCGGGAACGUCUCUAGUUUCUCUGGUUGUCGGAAGCGUACUUACAAAGCCCUCCUAACGAGAAUUUGGUCACCGUCGGCCUGACCAAACCAACGUUCUGUUUUUGCCGCUCGUAAAAAAUGAAAGGGGGCAUCGAUGUGCUGCUGCUGGACUAAAUUACUCUUGUCGGCCCCUGGCCGUGAGGCUUCUGCUUUCCUUCCGCUUUGUAGCGCUACGUGCCAGUUCCAAUUCGCUCGACUGUCAGAAAAGGCAGCCUUCCUUGAGCUCUGUUACUGUAGCGUCCUUUCUGAUAUAGUCCAUUACAGUUUAACAGCAUUAGUGUAUGCCAAUACAGCACGCAUGAAAAUCCAGUACUGGGCUUAUUUUCUAUUCAAAAAGCAAGCAGAACUCUGCAGAAAAAGCCUUGAAGUUGGAGGCACUAUUGGAAAUCUUAUAGUUAGGUAUUUUUUAUUGCAGGAUAGAAUUCAGAAAAGACAAGUCAACUGUUCAUUUUAUUUCAAAAUUGGAGCUUGUCGUCAUGGAGACAGAUGUUCUCGGUUGCACAACAAACCAACAUUUAGCCAGACCAUUGCCCUCUUGAACAUUUACCGUAACCCUCAAAACUCUUCCCAGUCUGCUGACGGUUUGCGCUGUGCUGUGAGCGAUGUUGAGAUGCAGGAACAUUAUGAUGAAUUCUUUGAGGAGGUCUUCACAGAAAUGGAAGAAAAAUACGGUGAAGUUGAGGAGAUGAAUGUUUGUGAUAACCUUGGAGAUCAUCUAGUUGGAAACGUAUAUGUGAAGUUUCGCCGUGAAGAAGAUGCAGAGAAGGCUGUGAUUGACCUGAACAACCGCUGGUUUAAUGGGCAGCCCAUUCAUGCUGAGCUUUCACCUGUGACUGACUUCAGAGAGGCCUGUUGCCGUCAAUACGAAAUGGGAGAGUGUACACGAGGAGGCUUCUGCAACUUUAUGCAUUUGAAGCCCAUUUCUCGAGAGUUAAGACGUGAGUUGUAUGGGCGUCGUCGUAAAAAGCAUAGAUCCAGGUCGAGGUCCCGUGAACGUCGGUCUAGAUCCAGAGAUCGUGGUCGUGGAGGUGGUGGUGGCGGAGGAGGACGUGAACGCGAUAGGAGGCGGUCAAGAGAUCGUGAAAGAUCUGGUCGAUUCUGAGCCAUGCCAUUUUUACUGUAUGUCUGCUAGAAAGUGUUGUAGUUUGACCAAACAAGUUCAUAAUGAGAUUUUUUUUAAAGAUGGGCUUCUGAAUAAAAAAUUUGUAGUGAUACAGUAUUCUUUGUGUAACUUGUUUCUUGUGGGGGGGAGUCUUUUUAACUGUCAUUCCUCUAACUUGACAAAUACCUGGAUUAACUAUGCCUGAGGGAAAGGUGGUAAAUGUAUUGGAGGAGCGCCAGUUUUGGUUUUGUUUGGGGUUUUUUUUUUUUAUUCGGGUAUAAUUUGAACUGUUGAUGAAAAUGUGUGUGUAUAUAAUAUAAAAUAUUAUAUACAUAGUAAAAAUAAUAUACUGCUUAAGAAACAGUUACUCACAAAAGUUUCCCUUUUCUGCUAUGCUGUCUGCUUAUUUAGGUUAGUUUAGGCACAUUUGAAAGGAAGGCUGUGCGAAAUGCAUUUAUUUACCAAGUAGAAACGCUUAGUUACAAAAAUGUAUGUUUGUUUGUUAACAGAAGUCUGUGCUCUGUCUAUCAAUGUGACUGUGGCAUUUACAAUAAAUCCAAUUUCUUGGUGUAAAAUCUAAAGCCUAUUUUCUAAGCACUCUGGAGUAGUUGAGUUGCUACUCCUGGCUGUGCCAGAGUUCAUAGUUCAAUUUUUUUUUUUUCUUAUGAUUCUUGACUAAAUUCCUUUUCUUUGGCUGGAAAGAAAGUUGCCUAGUGCAGUGUGGGGAAAAAUGUAGUAUUUUUAUUGCAGUGAUUCAGAAUAGGCAGGUGAGGCUUUUUUUUUUAAAAAAAACUCAUGGUCCAUGCAACAGGAUACAUAGGAUCUAUUGAAGGAAAUGCCAGGUCCUAAAUACAAGGACCAAAUUUCAUAAGACUGAUUUUAGGUUUUUUUUCAAUCUGUGUUCUCUUAGUUGUCAUUUAAGGAAAUGCAUUUUGUUAGCGUUUGAAGUCAUAGGAUACUAAUUGGAUGCUAGUGGAAAAUAAUUCUUUCCUACCUUUAGUCGCUUUCUAAUAGUCUGAAGUGCGAUAAAAGCUAAUGGAUGUUAGCUAAAAAAAAACCAGCUAAUGGCAGUUUCUUCACAAAGACGACAUCUUUCUUUUUCUCUCUGAGUUUUAAUUGAAUUGCAGAAAAGCUAUAUAUUGUAGGUUGUGUGUCUCUUGAAGAGUUAAAGCUGUAAUUGAAAUGUUGCUGGAACAUCUUGAGAGACAAUUUGUACAAUGGCUGACUUGCAGUUUAACUUCAUUCGUGUCUGCUUUUAUUCAAAGUGUAAUGUGAGAAAUUUUGGUUAGUGGUCAUAUUUCUGCAAGAUACAACUUUAUGUACAUGGAGCUACGUAAUACAAUACAGCUUUCCAAUGGGGGAGAGAAUUUGCUAGUGCUUAAGUUCUGAGUCACGUAAGUUGCUAAAUGGUAAAUCUGCUCCUUGAUUAUUAUUUUUAAAAAAAAAAAGGGAAGCAAAUGGAAAAGAUAGGGAAGCAUUACAUAAUCAGACUAAGAAACCAGCUUCUCUCUGCCUCAAAAAUAAGUAUAAAACCAUUUUGCUCACUGGAAACUUGGAGCUGGCAAACAAAAUGGUAUUGAAAAAUGAGCUGUUCUAAAUGCAUCUGCUUUGCCUCUUACAACUAAAUUCCUGCACCAAUUCAAUUUGAAUUUAUUUUGUACACAUUGGAUGGUUUGGCCAACCAGAUUGUGGAAUUUAUUUUGCCAGUAACCUUUUUUAAAGAAAUGUAUCUCUCCUGUGUGAAGAUAACUUCACUGCUUAAUGUUUUGUUGCAAGUACAUAAAUCAAAUUAUGCUUUCUUUUCACUGGAAGAAAUUGAACAGUGCCUGUCAUUAGACAGCUGAACUGAAACCUUUGUUAUUUCUGCUAGGCAUUAGGAAUUCAAUAUUGGUAAUUUAGUUAUUGCAGUUUACAGGAUAGUAAUCCAGUUCCAUUUCCUGUUUAGUGAGAUUUAGGAUUAUUAGUGAGCUAAUUUAAAUCUCAAGGUCAAAAAGGUGAGGAUAGUCUUUCUGCUUUUUAAAACAGGAUCUAGUAUAAUGCAGAUACUAUUUAAAAAGGUUUAAGAUUUUUUUUUUAACAGCAAUAAUGACAGAAGCUGAUUUGCUCUAUAAACAAUUUUAAACUAAUACAAAUGUGUCCCUGUAAUAGCUUUCAUCUGUUUAUCUAAACCCUGUUAAACUGCAGGUAUAUUUGUGUGUGAACAGAUAGCAGAAGGUUGAUUUCUCCCUCCCCCUAGUACAAUUUUUCUUAAGAAAGCAUUCUUGAAUCCCACCAAAUGCAUAAUUUUAUGGUCGGCCUGCACAGCUACCCAAAAAUUAACCAUGUAACUGGAAUAUGUCAUAACGGGCAGUGAAAGCAAUGAACAGACUGUACUGGACACUCGAAGGAAAAAACUCGUGCGCCGAUCAUUACCUGAUCGUGUAAUUAUUACCUAAGGACAGCAUUCAGCUUAUAAACUAAGCUCAUGACAUAUCUUCAGUUAUGUUCACCUUUUAAGACUAUACUACCAGUAAAAUUCAGCAAACUUGAAAUUUAAACUGCACAAAUUUGUUUAAACAUUCAUACAUGGUAGUCCAAACUGUAUUAUACCAAUACGAAGUGGAAAUCCUACCUCCCCCUUCUGUUGUUGCUUACAAUGUCUUUGAGUCAAAUUUUUUCCCCCUCCUUCCCAAAGGUACCUACUUCUCACAAAUAUUUCAUUGUUGGCUCUUCUGUUAAACAGUGGAUCUCUAAUUUAUGGAAUUCCUUUACCUCAAAUAAGUGACAGCAUACAGUAUUUUCUGAAGUCUGAGUCAAUUAGGUUGAAACUGUUAAUCCCAAGUGGCUUCCUCUUCUUUGUAUUUGGCUCUUAUUCUGUGAAAAUGCUGCUUGUCCAUGAAUAUGAUGUAUGCUGAGACUGUAAAACCAAAUGGAGAAAACUUGUUCAAAAUAAAGCCUUUUUUUAUAAGAA